GUGACUCCCAAAACAUUGGCUGAUGUGAAGGGUGGCACUUUAAUCUCUUACGAAGGAAGGGUUCAGCUCCUGGAAAUUGCACAAGUCCCAAAUGAUCAUGUGAAUGAAUUCAAGUCGAUAGAGAAGUUCAAAAUUUUCAACACAAAUAAUUUGUGGGUGAACUUAAAUGCAAUUAAAAGGCUUGUUGAAGCUAAUGCUCUCAAGAUGGAAAUUAUUCCUAACCCAAAGGAGGUUGAUGGAGUAAAAGUUCUUCAGCUGGAAACUGCAGCUGGUGCAGCAAUAAGGUUCUUUGACAAUGCUAUAGGGAUCAAUGUGCCUCGAUCCCGGUUCCUUCCAGUGAAGGCAACUUCUGAUUUGCUUCUAGUCCAGUCGGACCUUUACACUUUGCAAGACGGCUCUGUCAUCCGUAACCCAGCAAGAUCAAAUCCUGCAAACCCUGCUAUUGAAUUGGGGCCAGAAUUUAAAAAGGUUAGCGACUUCUUGAGUCGUUUCAAGUCAAUUCCUGGCAUUGCCGAGCUUGACAGUCUUAAAGUGGCCGGUGAUGUAUGGUUUGGAGCUGGUAUUACCCUCAAGGCAAAAGUCAGUAUUGUUGCAAAAGCUGGCGUGAAGCUGGAAUUACCUGAUGGAGCCAAAAUUGAAAACAAGGAAAUUAAUGGCUCUGAGGACCUUUGAAAAAUCUUUUAUAUCAAAGAUGAACGGAUCAUAUCAAAUGGACAAUGUUAUGGCCUCGUAAUGUUGUAUUUUCUUGACUCCUGAGUGUGAUAGAAAAAGAAAAUAAGAGCCACUUUUUUUUUUUUGGGUCGCGGAUAUUUAAAUACUUGGCUUUGCUCAUUGGUUUUGUUAUACUAAGCUCACGAGAGAGUUUAAAAUGGGUUACAUUGUUCA